AAUGGCAGAGACGGGUCUUUUAGAGGCUGGAGCCUCUGCAGCCUCCACAGCUGCAGCGCUGGAGAACUUACAGGUGGAGGCCAGCUGCUCCGUGUGCCUCGAGUACCUGAAGGAGCCCGUCAUCAUUGAGUGUGGGCACAACUUCUGCAAAGCUUGUAUCACUCGCUGGUGGGAGGACCUGGAGAGGGACUUCCCUUGUCCUGUGUGUCGAAAGACAUCCCGAUACCGCAGUCUCCGACCUAAUCGGCAACUAGGCAGCAUGGUGGAAAUUGCCAAGCAGCUCCAGGCCGUCAAGAGGAAGAUCCGGGACGAGAGCCUCUGCCCCCAGCACCAUGAGGCCCUCAGCCUCUUCUGCUAUGAGGACCAGGAGCCUGUGUGUUUGAUAUGUGCAAUUUCCCACACGCACCGGGUCCACACCGUUGUGCCGCUGGAUGAUGCCACAGAGGAGUACAAGGAAAAGUUGCAGAAGUGCCUGGACCCCCUGGAGCAGAAGCUGCAGGAUAUCACCCGCUGCAAGUCCUCAGAGGAGAAGAAGCCUGGAGAACUCAAGAGACUGGUGGAGAGCCGCCGACAGCAGAUCUUAAGGGAGUUUGAGGAGCUUCAUAGGCGGCUGAAUGAAGAGCAGCAGAUGUUGCUGUCACGACUGGAGGAGGAGGAACAGGACGUUCUGCAGCGACUCCGAGAAAAUGCUGCUUACCUCGGGGACAAGCGCCGGGACCUGGCCCAUUUGGCUGCUGAGGUGGAGGCCAAGUGCUUACAAUCGGGCUUCGAGAUGCUUAAGGAUGUCAAAAGUACCCUGGAAAAAUGUGAAAAAAUGAAGACCAUGGAGGUGACUUCUGUAUCCAUACAGCUGGAGAAGAACUUCAGCAAUUUCCCUCGACAGUACUUUGCCCUGAGGAAGAUCCUUAAGCAACUAAUUGCGGACGUGACCCUGGACCCUGAGACUGCACAUCCUAACCUAGUUCUGUCAGAAGAUCGUAAGAGUGUCAAGUUUGUGGAGACAAGACUUCGGGAUCUCCCUGACACACCACGGCGCUUCACCUUCUACCCUUGCGUCCUGGCUGCUGAGGGUUUCACCUCCGGUCGACACUACUGGGAGGUGGAGGUGGGCGACAAGACCCACUGGGCAGUGGGUGUGUGCCGGGACUCCGUGAGCCGAAAGGGCGAGCUAACUCCACUCCCUGAGACUGGCUACUGGCGGGUACGGCUGUGGAAUGGGGACAAAUAUGCGGCCACCACCACACCUUUUACCCCUUUGCACAUCAAGGUGAAACCCAAGCGGGUUGGCAUAUUCCUAGACUAUGAGGCUGGCACGCUGUCUUUUUACAACGUCACAGACCGCUCUCAUAUCUACACCUUCACUGACACUUUCACUGAGAAACUUUGGCCCCUCUUCUACCCAGGCAUCCGGGCUGGUCGGAAGAAUGCUGCUCCACUUACAAUUAGGCCCCCAACAGAUUGGGAGUGAUAGUCAGGAGGGGACAUGGGAAUAAUCGGGUAAGGCAGGGUCGAGCAGUGGGCCUUCCAUCCUGUGUCCUGAUGGAGCGUCUUCCUGUCUGCCUGGAUCCAGUCUUGAAUCAUCCAGGAGAAGCACCUUGGUUUGUAAGAUGGUGUGUGUGGAGGAGAGGACUGGGCUGGGAUGAGAGCACAACUGUGUCCCCCUCCUGACUUUCGAGCUGAGGAGCUAGUACGCAGGGGAUUGCCUCCCCUAAUUCCAUCAGAGUUCUGUUGCACAAGGACAGGUUGGCAAGGAAAGAGGGGCUUUUCCAGAAACUAUCAAUAAAGGGGACUCUGCAUUCCUCAAGCUAAGGAAGGAAACAGAAAGCCCUUUACACAUCUUUUAGGGUGUUCCUUGAUCCAGAACAGUCCUAUUUCUUGAGGAAGAUCCCUGAGGUUGAAUAAAGAUGAAUGACAGUUCUCAAGGUUCUAGAAGUUGGAGAGUAUUUCUGGAGGCAGAUGUUAGGCAUUACGAAGGUUAGA